UUCUUCUAUGUGCGUGUGACAAAAAACUGCCAACUAUAUAACGGCUUAAACGACUUUCCCGAAGAAGAAAGCGCCCAAAUCCAAAGGCUUUAUCUUGCAGUUUCCCUCUCUCUCUUCCCAUUGAAGAGCUCGUUCUUAGUAAGAUUCAGCUCAAAUUUCCCUUUCCUUGAUCAGUAAAUCUCAAAAGUUUGGGCCUUUGAGUUCGUACUUAGCAGCUUUUUGACAACUUCGUCUUCUUUCUUGCAUUUCAACAACAACCCAUAUCAGUUUUUUUUCUGUUUUUUGUGUUGAACAAUCUGACCCAGAAUUUGAUUUGGAAGCAAAGUAGUAAAAUUGGUAAGAGAACCAAAACCCAUCUGGAUUUUGUUCAUCUUUCUGCAAUUAUUGCCAUGAACUAUCUGUACCCAGUGAAGGAAGAGUUCCCGGGUUCAAGUUCAUCACAAUCGGGUCCUGGUGACCCGGUGGUGAUGAUACCGCCACAGCCAAUGGAGGGUCUGAAUGACACAGGCCCUCCUCCAUUUCUGACCAAGACCUUUGACAUGGUGGAUGACCCGAGUACCAAUCGGAUAGUUUCUUGGAGCAGAGGAGGUGGAAGCUUUGUUGUUUGGGAUCCUCAUACCUUUGUUAUGAAUCUCCUUCCUAGAUACUUCAAGCACAAUAAUUUCUCAAGCUUUGUCAGGCAGCUCAACACUUACGGCUUUAGAAAGGUUGAUCCUGACAGAUGGGAGUUUGCCAAUGAGGGGUUCGUAAGGGGUCAGAAGCAUCUCCUUAAGAACAUUAAAAGAAGGAAGACACCUUCUCAGCCUCUUCCUGCACAACAAGCUCUAGGCCCUUGUGUGGAAGUAGGCCAGUUUGGGCUAGAUGGAGAAAUUGAUCGUUUGCGGCGUGACAAGCAGGUCCUAAUGAUGGAGUUGGUGAAGCUUAGACAGCAGCAGCAGAAUACUAGAGCCUACCUUCAAGCAAUGGAACAAAGACUACAAGGGACCGAAAUGAAGCAGCAACAAAUGAUGGCUUUCUUGGCAAGGGCAAUGCAAAACCCAGCUUUUAUGCAGCAGCUAGUCCAACAGAAGGAUAAAAGGAAGGAGCUUGAGGAAGCCAUGACUAAGAAAAGGAGGAGGCCAAUUGAUCAAGGACCUAGUGGUGUUGGUGGUGGCAAAUCGACCCUAAAGGGCAAAGGAACAAACCUCAUUAAAUGUGAGCCUCUCGAAUUUGGAGAUUGUGAUUAUGAAAUGUCAGAGCUAGAAGCACUUGCAUUGGAAAUCCAAGGAUUUGGAAAGGCGAGAAAGGAACAGGACGAAGAGUUAGAGCCACUACAGAGUGGGAAAGAGCUCGAUGAGGGAUUUUGGGAAGAACUAUUUAGUGAGAGAUUUGAGGGAGACUUCAGCAUUCCAAGUGCAAUAGAAGGGGAAGAUGAAGAUGUGAUUAUCUUGGCCGAUCGCUUAGGUUACUUAGGUUCAUGCCCAAAGUAGAGCUAGCUAGCUGCACUUCUUCAGCAUUUCUAUCUCUCUCCUCUUCAGUUCACUGCCUCAUUGACCAUUUCUUUUUGGGUAGGAGGCUAAGGCCUCCAACAGUUGUUUCCAUAGUCUCUCAUUUUGCAUCUCUACAGUCUCGUCAAGUGCCAUUAGGCCAUAACUUUCAUUCUGGAUUUCUUGGUAUUGACAGGAUAGGGGGAUUAGCAAGCUGAUAUCCGUUGAAACCAUCUUUGUUUCUGGUGUUUCUAACCCUGCGCUUCUUUAUUAAUUGCCUCCUUUUCUCAUCUAAUAAUGCCCUCUCUUGUUUCUUUAUCUUGGUUAGGUUGCAGGCAUUGCUUGGACAGAAUCUGUGCUAGUUUUUAUGAUGAUUUAUCUCAAGAUUUGUUGAGAAGCUGUUGAACUUGAAAAGGAGUAGCUGCAAGCUCCAAGAACCAUAAACAAAAUGUUGUUUUUGGAUCCAAGUGACUAUUGGCUGAUAACUUUGUCAGUAUGAUACUUUCUGUUACUGAGUACUGUCCUAUGUUGUUUGAGCAAAGAUAUAAACAGAGGUAGUUGGGUAAUAUGAACUUCAUAAUGUUACAUUUGUACCAUGUAGAUUUGUUCAUGUCGGGCAAAUACGGUUCUCAUCGGUCACUUCAUCAGCCGUGGACUCUCAAACUGGUACAGUAUCACUCUUUAAAACAUCACCAUAAAAAAUGUGUUCCUUACCCAAUUGAUGUCUUACUUACAGUACAGAUGAAGAAAGACAGGAUCCGAGUAUCAAAGUAGAUUGACUGGGUUGAACUUGAAGAUCAUAAUAUGAUUCUAACUCUACAAGUAGGGUUAGAAUGUGUUUAAUUUAUGUGAGUAAUCAUUGAAACUUCGGUCUGCAAGAUUCUGUAAUUAGGCUGAGAUUUGUAGUCAGGUGGAUUAUAGAAAGUUAUGUGCCUAGCGGAUGAUAGAAAGUUUCAAUAGAAGAUGGACUGUUCCACCCUUAAAAAUCUUAGGCUAACCAAUUCAAGAAAUCACAACCCUUUAAUUUUUGCUUAGUCUAGUGUUGUGCACUUAUUAGGCUGCCAUGUGUUUUAACAUUCCCCAUGAUAAUGUGUGAUUGGCUCAGGAUAUUGUCCGGUGACAUCCCCAUUUUAUAAAAGUUUUUCUCGUAUUUGGAUAUCGGUUGGUCCAAUUUUGAAAUCAUAAUCUUCCCAGCCUCCUCGACCAAACCCAGUUUCCCAUUUCAUCAAUC